UUGUUUCUUUGUCAUGCUUGUAUCUAUUUAACAGGGGAUAAAUGUUAUGGUCCUUUCACAAGGCUUCCAUUGGAGUGUCAAAAACUCUCCAUCUAUAGUCUUGCUUACUUUUCUCACCUAGAUUCACCUUUGCUGACGUCAGUAACUUUAUGUUGCCUCCGUCCUGACUUGGAUGAAUAUGUCUUGUUUCUGAUCAUAGAACAUUUGCAUUCAAUAUUUAGACGCGGCAAAAUUGAGAUACAGGACCACCUUAGCUUCUUUGUCACGCUGGUCACCCGUUUCAAUGUUUUUCCAGAAAAUAUUCGCUCUGCAAUUGAGGAAGGUACAAAGUUCUCAAAUCGUGAAACUUUCAAGAAAUUGAUUGGUGUUGUUUUCUCAUGCCUGGAACAGACGGGUGAUGCUUCGCUAGUUUUAUUUCUAUUGGAGAGAGAAAUCCUAAAGCAGAUUUUAUUAAAGCCCCCUCUAGACAAUGCCUGUGCUAUGCUAAGGAUACUUGUUAGGCUAGACUCCAAACCCACAAGACUUUCUGAACAAAGUAUUAUCAAUUUGAGCAAUUUCAUUCCAGGCUACUUGAUUGACGUUGUGCAUUGUAUGGGAGGGUUUGAUGCAGAACCCAAGGAAGCUCAUUUUCGAACGCUGAUGGACUAUAUUGUUCCUUGCUUUUACAUGUUUGAAAGUAGUAGAAAGCUCUUAAAUCUCGUGUUGAAUGGGAUGGGUUCAAUGAUAAUUGAAAGUAGAAUAAAUGAUAUUGUUAGUGUCCUAAUGUUGAUGCAUAAGGAUGAUAAGAUGAAUCGAAUUAUUUCUUCAUCGAGGGCUGAGUUUGAUCAUGUUUCACAGAGCAUACGCUCAUUAAAGUUGGAGGAUAGCAGUCUAACUGUUGGGGAAAGGCGUAGAAUACAAUAUGCGUUAGAGCAACUAAAGACUGUUAGAAGCUCAUUAGAUCAAGAGAUGCAAAGAGCAAAGCAGGAUAUGUUACCCUAGUUUAUUGCACUACAAGUUUGCAAUGGCCUAAAAUUUUAA